UGGAUCAGGUACUGCUGCCACAGUGUGGAAGGUGAGCUUGGCACUUGCAAGUUGGAAUGGGAUCAGAUUGUGCCGGAUGAUUCUGAUUCUUUACGUCGUCCACGGUAUACCAGUGACAGUUCGGAAAAAGUUUUCCAUUUCAAAUAGGUGCGCGACUCAGUUGAAAAAAUGUCCCGCGUCAAAAUUUUCCCCAUUUUGUGCUUCAUCGCGCUUAUGAAGGUCGUGAUGAUCAGCGGGGAAGAGUUGAAAUGCAGCAGCAAUCUGGACUGCCCCAAAGGCACAUAUUGCUAUAAGGAAAGUGCACUUUACAAAUGUGCACUGUGCUCAAACUGCAUACGCUUUUUUAGGAAAAAUUCUACAAUUGAUGACUGCCCUCAAAAGCCAGAACAAUGUGGUGAAUGCAUUGCUGGCUAUCAUUCACCAAAGCUAGUAGACGGAUCAGAACCAAGCACUUGUAUAUUAAUCAAUGCAGAAAUAUUACAACCGAUGGGAUACACCAACCAGAAAUCAUUACCUCCAAAUGUAUCAACAGGGAAAGGUUUUGUAAAUCUACAUUUAUGGGUAGCUAUUUUUGGCGUUACUUCUAUAGUUGCUUUAGCAGUAGCAGCGUACUAUGCGAGGAGAAAGUGUAACAGAUGUAAUACCAAGGGAUCGAAUGAAAUAAUCAGUGAACCGGAUAGAUAUUGCAUUUCACCAAGUGCACCUCCUCCUCCGUAUCAAAACGCACCUGAACUCACUAACCACAGAAUUGAACAUGAAACUAAGCCUAUUCGAUCUACUCUUCCGUUUAGCAGUGAUAUAGAAAUCAACACUACUGGAGGUGUGAGGCAUCAGAUUGAUUGUGAAUUCGACAAGAGACAAAAGGCCAAUUGUUAUAAAUUCCCAUAUUAUGUCAAUGAAGGAUCAUUGGCACCUGAACAAGGGGAACAGACAAUGGCUGUUCCUCGAGAGGAAGAACACUUACCGGAAACCUUUGAUGACACCACUCAACCUAGUACAUGGCGACCUGUUGCCGAUUGUAGGCACCUAAACAAGGCGAGGAGAAAAGAAUAUUAUUGGGGAGAAUUAAACACUAAAAUUUUAUCUACAGACAUAAGUGAUGAAAAUGAACAACUGGAAGAGAGCGAAAACCCAGCAGGAAAUUCUGGUUGUGAAGAAAGACAGUUUGCCAUGUUCUCUGCAGAACGUUCUAAUUUCUCAUCUUCACCUGAAACGACUAGCACAUCUAAUAUUAUCACGAAUUUCAGCAGGCCUACAUAUAAAAAACACAGGACAGCCAAUUCAGAAAUUAAUGGUUUCAAUUUGAAUAUUUGCAUAAAUAAUGCUAACGCCAAUGUAAACGAGAACAACAAUAAUAUUUAAGAUAAUUUUGUUACCCAAGCUUAAUGAUUGGUUGUUGUUGUACAAAGGUAACUUUGUACAAGAACCUUUCUUUUUUGUAAGUGAUAUGUUUUUAAAUGAUUAACAUUUAAAAAUGAACGUUUUCAUACAUUGAUGCGAAUAAAUAUAUGUCUGGACAGUAUUUUAUGGUUAAGAACCAAUGGAUGGCUUUAACCCUGAUAACCCAAAAUAUUUUAGUCAUUUAAUUUUUAAUUUGAUAAAUAAUUUGUGUUCAAUUUUUACUUAUAUGAAAGUAGUGAUAAAUUCUGAUAGAACUAAACCUAGACCUGGAAGUCCAGUAAAAAAAAAAAAGUAUAAUUUAGAGUAAUCUGAAAAAUUUGCCAUGAAAUUUUAAAGAUUAUGGUUAUUACCUCAUAUUUUCAAUACUGAUUUUUUGUUUAGGAUAGUGUUAUAAAGAAUGUCACAAGUCAGUUUCAAUGUGUUCAUUAUACCAGUAAUUGGCAUAUUUAUGUGUCAGUUACUCAUUACCAUUAAACCAAUUAUAGUCUUAUUUCAUAAUUUUAAAAAAAUGUAUUGUUAAAAGGUUUUGCUCUUUAAAUUUAUAUUUGUUUUUAUUUUUAUAUAUUUUUUUAAAAAUCCUAUUAGUUUAAUCUUUUUGAGUGAAUAUAUGAAAACUGAUGAUAAUUGUCAAUUGUUAUUUCAGCUAUAAUCCUUACUAAAUUUUCAUAUUCAUUUUUGAAAUGUUUGUUCUUUCAUUGUUUUAUGUCAA